AUGGAUGCAAUAGAUAUAUUAUCAUCACUAACAACAGCUUGUUAUCACGAACCAAAAGUUCAUGAUCAUGAAUUAUAUUUUCAAUUAUCAAAUAUUAAUUUAUAUAUAUUGACACCAUUAACAGUUCUUGGUCUUUUUUUUAACACUUCAGCUUUGAUAUGUUUAUAUAGUCCUCCAAAAAUAACAUCUGGUGUUUUUGUAUAUCUCAAAGCAUUAUUAAUAUUAGAUCAUUGUCAAUUAAUAGUUACAUCUGCUGCACUUUUAAUUCCUCAAUUUUGUGAUAGUCAUCAUUUAGAAAAUCAUACAUUUUAUCAAUUUUGUAUGCUUGAAAGAAGAUUUUUAAAAUAUACAAUGCCAAGAAUUGAACUGUUAAUUAAUACGUUACAUGCUUGGACAAUUGCAUCAUUAUCAGCACAUAGGUAUUGGAAGAUUUCAAGACCAGUUGUUUCUAGAUAUAAAGAUACAGCAAGAAAAGCAGCAAGAACAUUAUCUAUUAUGAUGAUUAUUAUAUUUAUUUUUAGAAGUCCUAUUUUUAUUUUAGAACUUCAAUUUAAAUGGAAACCAAUACUUCGAGUUAUUCGACGACCAGAAACAACAGAAUUAUUAACUCCAUAUCGUGUUAUUUAUCAUUCUUUUCUUGAUCCCUUUUUUGCAAAUGUUUUACCAUUCUUGGCUAUGUCAAUAUUUAGUAUCUUGACAUUAUAUGAAAUUAUUAAAAGUAAACACUUUGCUUACAACCAAUUAAACAUUGAUGGUGGAAAAACAUACAAACCACAAACACAUCAAAGAUCCCAACAAUCACUUACAUUAAUUAGACGAAAAGUUUAUAUUAUAAGACAAAAACAAGAAUUUCGUGCCACUGUGUCAAUAGUUCUUAUGAUACUUUUAUAUCUUCUUUUUCAUUCACUUCAAAUAUAUAAUAUAUUCAGAAAAUGGGAAUUAUUAUAUCAAAGGCAAUGUCCAAUAAGACGUGAUUAUAUACAAUCACACAUUAGUAACAUUUUAUCAAUGUUCUCAGCAAGUGUCAAUGCAUUUAUCUUUAUUGCAUUUACAAAUCGUUUAAGAAAUUAUCUUCAAAUGUUAAUUCGUAAAACAUCUCGAUCAUUAUCUUCAAAUAGUGAUCCACCAAUAUCUCCCAAAACAAUUACGUCUAAUGAUGUAAAUAUUUUUGGAAACAUUCAAAAUUUUGAUUCCGGUGUUGCUAUAUUAUAA